AUGAUACCCAUACCGAAGCAACCCAAUGAGGCGCCAAUAACAUUCAACGACGAGAGAACCAUCAUCACUGAAGGGAAUGAGAUAAGUCGCUGCAAUCUCAGCAACUGCAAUAUCUCUAACUCACGACUGAAACGCUCUACAUUUAAGAAUUGCGCGCUAUCUCACGUUCGCAGCGCACGGUGGACGGAAGCUUCUGACAGUCGCCUACAGAAUGUCGACUCGGUGAAACGAAGCCAAAUAUCCGCGAAGCUAGACGCCAAGUCUCAGCUCCCAGUCGAUGGACCUGAAGACUAUGCUCUCGACUCCGACCCUAGUGAUACCGACGACUCGGAAGAUGAGAAGGACCUACCACCACCUUACAAACCGUGA